CACGUUCCCAGCUCCGCCAUUUUGGAGGAAAGUUUGGGAUUUGUGGACCUGGGAGGAGGAGGAGGGGGAGGGAUCUCCUGUCGGACAAGUUUGACACGAAAGCAGCAGGCAGGGAGGGGGCAGCGGGCUGGACUCUGAAGUUUUCUUGAUUUUAUUUGGAGCGGCAGCUCGUCUCCGGACCUCCGGCUCCAGCACGCCCCUCCAGCGCGGCCCCGGGACGGCGCCGUAGGGUGAGGUCCCGCAGCGGGAAGCCGGACCGUCACUUCCCCGCAGCCGCGGUGAGCCUGCGCGGGGCUCGCCGGCUCAGGAGCCUCCCUCACGGGAAGUUCAGAGCCAGGACUGCCGCUCUGUUCGUCCCUAAAUUCUUCAGUUCUUGUCUGGGACGUCUGUGUUGGAGCCCGUGGGAGCAAAAGCUGCAGUCCGGUUCGGCUCAGCCUCACCUGCCUCAGAGUUUUGCAGGUUCGGACGGGAACUUGGUCGGUGCUGACUGAUUGGGAAGGGUUUUUCUGGAGCGCCAACAGCGGGCUGAAUGUGGGACUAAUCGAGCCGAACCUGCCCAGUGUGAGGACUGUAUGCGGCGAACACAGUGCCGAACCGAGCCAUGCCUGUGAGAAAGAAAGAUGCCCAACGGGCCCUGCUGCUGCUGGAAGAGUACCGAGCCAGGCUGAACCACUCGGAGGACCGGCACCUCAGCUUUUCCAUCCAGAGGGUCAUUGACAUCUUCCAGAGCAACCUCUUCCAGGCACUCAUUGAUAUCCAGGAGUUUUACGAAGUGACCUUAUUAGACAGCCACAGAUGGGUGGGGGCUUCCAAGGGGGUGGACCCUGUGGCGCCCAUCCACCUGUGGGACUUUCCCAGCCUUCAUAGCUCAACGGUGACGUCGGAGACGCUGCCCAGCCUCAGCACCAGCAUUGAGGACUCCCCUCUUCUUAAUGAAAUUCUGCACACGCUGGCGCAGGCCAAACUCUCUCCCUGCCCUGGCAAAAAGUACAGGCACCACGAUGAAGACUCAUCCCCGCAGGAACAGAGCUCGCCUCCUUUGACAGAAGAGGCAGGAGGCCCUGAGCUGGUCCAGGUGGCUGAGAAGAACCUUUCUGAGAUUGAGAAUGUGCAUGGAUAUGUCACCCACGCUCACAUCUCCCCCAUGAAGGCGGCAUCUCUGGAGUGCAUCUUUGACGACUCCUCAACACUAGGACCCCUUCAGUCGGAGCUCCCCUCCCCCACACUGUCCACCCUCUACCUCCAUGGAGAGGACAGCCCCCUCCCCUCCUGCUCUUCCAAUCCUUACCCCCCAAUCCAGCAGGCACAAGCCACCCCACCCUCCCCUCCCAUCAUUCCUGUGAUCCCCAUCACGCCAAUCUCAGUCGAGACCACCGUCAUCCCUCCAUCCUCACAGGCUAACCCCCCUCCUGUGGUGGUGAACACGGACAGCUUGGACACGCCUCCUUACGUGAACGGGGCCGAGGCAGAGUACGAGUAUGAGGAAAUCACGCUAGAGAGGGGAAACUCCGGGUUGGGCUUCAGUAUCGCUGGUGGCACGGACAACCCCCAUAUCGGUGAGGAUCCCAGCAUCUUCAUCACCAAAGUCAUACCUGGAGGGGCUGCUGCUCAGGAUGGGCGGCUUAGGGUAAACGACGUCAUCUUAAAGGUCAACGACAUGGAUGUGAGGGAUGUGACCCACAGUCGGGCCGUGGAGGCGCUGAAGGAGGCUGGCUCUCUGGUUCGGCUCCACGUGCGCAGGAGGAAACCUGUCUCUGAGAAAGUCAUGGAGAUCAAGCUAGUGAAAGGACCUAAAGGUCUGGGGUUCAGUAUCGCAGGGGGAGUAGGAAACCAGCACAUCCCAGGUGACAACAGCAUCUAUGUCACCAAGAUAAUUGAAGGUGGUGCUGCGCACAAAGAUGGCAGCCUGCAAAUAGGAGACAAGCUGCUGGCUGUGAAUAGCUCCUGUCUGGAGGAGGUGAGCCACGAACAUGCUGUCACCGCCUUGAAGAACACACCUGAUGUGGUCUACUUGAAAGUGGCAAAGCCCAACACCGUCUUCAUGAAUGAUGGCUUUGCCCCGCCCGACCUCACUAACUCUUACUCACAGCACAUGGAGAAUCAUAUCAGCCCCCCCAAUUUUGUAAGUCACCAGCUUCAACCACGAGGAUCCUCGGGAUGCUACUCGCCCACACCAAUGAGCCCGCUAGCAGACGACGACGGUGUCACUCGGGAGCCGAGGAAGGUGGUUCUGCACCGAGGGGCGACCGGACUGGGAUUCAACAUUGUGGGUGGCGAGGACGGAGAGGGCAUCUUUAUUUCCUUCAUCUUAGCUGGGGGGCCAGCUGACCUUUCUGGAGAGCUGCGCAAAGGAGACCGGCUGGUAUCUGUGAACGGGGUGGACCUCAGAGCCGCCACACACGAGCAGGCCGCAGCCACCCUGAAGAACGCUGGGCAGACUGUGACCAUCAUCACCCAGUACAGACCAGAAGAGUACAGUCGGUUUGAGGCGAAGAUCCACGACCUGCGCGAGCAGAUGAUGAACAGCAGCAUCAGUUCAGGCUCCGGAUCCCUGCGAACCAGCCAGAAGAGGUCUCUCUACGUCAGAGCUCUGUUUGACUAUGAUAAGACCAAGGACUCGGGGCUGCCCAGUCAGGGUCUCAACUUUAAGUUUGGGGACAUUCUCCAUGUUGUAAAUGCCUCUGACGAUGAGUGGUGGCAGGCCAGGCAUGUGGCGCCAAAGGGAGAGCUGGAGGAGGUGGGAGUCAUCCCCAGCAAAAGACGGGUAGAGAAGAAGGAGCGCGCCAGGUUAAAGACCGUCAAGUUUAACGCCAAGUCCCGAGAGCGAGGGCAGUCCACAAAUGACAGGCGUAGAAAGAACCUGUUUACGCGAAAGUUUCCGUUCUACAAGGGCAAAGAGGCGAGCGAGCAGGAGACCAGCGACAUCGAUCAGCAUGUGACCUCUAACGCCAGUGACAGCGAGAGCAGCUGCCGUGGUCAGGAGGAGCUGGUGCCGUCAUAUGAGCCUGUGAUUCAACAGGAAGUCAGCUACACCCGGCCCGUCAUCAUCCUCGGCCCCAUGAAGGACCGCAUCAAUGACGACCUCAUCUCCGAGUUUCCUGACAAAUUCGGUUCCUGCGUCCCACGUAGGCGGACAUCCAAUCACCGGACGGCUUUGGGUUUGCGUGUGCUUCUGGUUCUGAGGCCUCUCUCUGUUCUCACAGAUACGACGAGGCCCAAGCGUGAAUAUGAAGUGGACGGCAGAGAUUACCACUUUGUGGUUUCCAAGGAGCAGAUGGAGAAAGACAUCCAGGACCACCACUUCAUUGAAGCGGGGCAGUACAACAACCAUCUGUACGGAACCAGUGUUCAGUCAGUCCGAGAGGUGGCUGAGAAGGGUAAACACUGCAUUCUGGACGUAUCAGGGAACGCCAUCAAGCGCCUCCAGCUGACUCAGCUCCACCCUAUCGCCAUCUUCAUCAAGCCCAAAUCUGUAGAGAACAUCAUGGAGAUGAACAAGCGUCUGACAGAGGAGCAGGCCAGGAAGACCCUCGACAGAGCCGCCAGACUGGAGCACGAGUUCACCGAGCACUUCACAGCCAUCGUGCAGGGCGACACGCUGGAGGAGAUCUACGAGCUGGCCAAGCACAUCAUUGAGGAGCAGUCGGGUCCCUUCAUCUGGGUCCAGUCCAAGGAGAAGCUAUAAAGACCCCGCCCCCUCCUUCCUUACUUUUCAUUGGUUUAUUUUAAAAGGAGGACCCCCCCCCCUUCCCAUCAGCAGCUAAGCGGACUCACGUUGCACAAUCAGACUUAAUGGUGUGUUCAAUGACCAUCAGGGCAGAAGCACAUGGGACACAGUGGGACAGUCCAGCUCCUCAGGUGUGGGGAGAAAGUCCUGGAAGGUGAAGAGGAAUCAUACGAUUUGAUCUUUUCUAGUUAUUGUUUUCUGUUUUUUUUUAUUUCCUGGUGUUGGCUGGUGAGGUCUGAAGGUGGGCAGAGUUUCCUGCGCUGUUUGUCUCAAAGCAAAUCUUUGCACGUUGGAGCUUUGACAGCAUGUACGUUCGCCCACUUAUUUCCCAUCAGCCCCUGAAAGUCUGCCGUCUCUCUUUUACUGUUUUGGUUUUAUGGAUGUUUGGCUCUGUUGCUGUGCCGGCUUCAUCAGGACCCCGCAGGGUUCCUGCUCUGCCACUGGGGGGCGAUUCCGAUUAGCUGUGAGAUCCACCAGACAGUGGAACAGUUUGUCAUUAGAAGACAUUUAUGGAGAAAAACUGAACGCAUUAGCUCAGUGUCAAAGUGCAGGACCCCCCCCCUCCACUGUAAUAUAUAUCUGUGUAUUUUUUUACCGAAUGAGCUGAUGGAUCAGACAGAAAUCUGUUUAGAGAAAAACCAAAAAUAUAUCUUAUGAAACUCAAAUUGUACAGGUUUUAAUCUGAUAAAAAAAUUUAAGUUUUCUAGAAAUGACUGACAAUUCUUUAACAGAAUUAAAAUAACAUUUCUGUUUUAAUAAAUAACAAAGAACUUAAUAUAAAUUGAAAUCUCCUUUGUUAAAAUUCACCGACUGAAGAGAUAUUUUUGUCAGUUUUAGGAAGAUGGUUUGUUUUGUGUGAAGCUUCCAGAGCAGACGUCUUUGGGUUCGGAUUCUGGACCCUUUGAAUUCCUGAUUUUCAUCGCGAUUCCGGAGCCUUCCUGGAACUGCCCCCUCCCUCUUUGGCAGUCUGGGGGAUGGCGCCUUCUGCACUUUAAGCUGGAACCCUGAAGGUUGUGUCACCAUAAAGAACAUGGUUGGUCAUGUGACAUGAGUGGGCGGGGCCUGGAUGUCUGCAAAUGUAACCUGGUAAACUGCCUAUUUUCUUACGAGAGUCUAUAUUGAAAUGGAAGACAACAGCAUUAUUUUCUCUGCUUCCUAAUCAUAUACAAACAUAUACUGAUAUUUGAAUAUAUUUUUUUCUUUUCUUUGACCACCACCUGUCUUUACUUUUCUUUUUUAAGCAUAAUAAAAGUUAACAAGAACA